AUGAGCGCCUUUGUCGACUUGCUUCCGCCACAGAACCCUUCACCUGCCAUACCGCUACCACCAGUUUCUUCAGCUGCGAACAUGUCUCUGAACCCGCUGAACGGAGGGCAUUUUGUCCAUAACGAGAAGAGGGUCGGCGAUGGCGGCUCUCUGUUGAAACGACUUUCACUCGAGAACAAAACUGCUAUCGUCUCUGGAGGGGGCGCUGGAAUCGGCCUUGCUGUCGCCCAUGCGUUUGCUGAAAUGGGUGCCAACGUCGCCAUUUGGUACAGCACUAACAAGACGGCUAGGGCAACAGCCGAUGCCCUCGCCAGCAAGUACAACAUAAAAUGCCGAGCAUAUCAGGUAGAUGUGAGGGACCCUGGAGAAAUCGAGAAGACGAUUGAUCAAGUGGUCCAAGACUUUAACGGACGGCUUGAUAUCUUCGUAGCCAACGCCGGGAUCCCGUGGACUAAGGGUCCUAUGAUUGAUGGCCCCUUGGAUCACUACAGGGACGUUGUCCGGACAAACUUGGACGGAACAUAUUUCUGUGCCAAGUUCACCGCGAAACAUUGGCGCCGGCAGAAGCUGGAAGGAACAACAACAUCGGGACAGCCGCUUAUUAACUAUACCUCGGGAAGCUUCAUCGCUACAGCAUCGAUGAGUGGCUCAAUUGUCAAUAUUCCUCAACUUCAGGCCUCAUAUAACGCUGCCAAGGCGGGGGUGAUCCAUAUGUGCAAGAGCCUAGCCGUGGAAUGGGCACAAUUCGCUAGGGCCAACUCUGUGUCUCCGGGGUAUAUCAUCACGGAUAUUUCUACUUUUGUUCCCGGCGAGAUGAAGGAAAUCUGGAAGGACAAUAUUCCGCUAGGACGUGAGGGCGAGCCACAUGAGCUACAAGGUGCCUAUCUCUACCUGGCUUCAGACGCGUCUACGUACACCACGGGCGCCAAUCUGAUGGUUGAUGGAGGUUACACUGCUCCUUGA